UCGAGCCAAGCAGCGCGCGCGCUCUGGAAAGCUUCUACUCGGGUGUUUAACAAGGGAGAAAUAAAAACAUUUAUUUUUCUUUUUUUAAUCUCCAGCACCGGGACGAAGUGAUGUUGCCUUGGCUCCUGCGCUCUGGAUAAUAAUGGGAUAAUUUUCCUCCGAAGCCAUCAGAUGUUUCCAGCGGUGGAUUUCACUGUUUUGGAAUGUGUUUGAUGCGCAUUAACCUUUUUUUUCGACAUUUCCUCCUCUGGGUUUGCCUACACACUCUGCUUCAGAUUUUUUUUCUGCCACUGGAAUAUGUGGAUUUUUUUUUUUUGCGUUUGAUUCCACAACCUGUUUAGUAAUCAAAAGGCUUGAAUGAUGAAAAUCUUUUGAGAUGAAAAGCAGCACUUUUGGGGAUCAUUUUCUGCUUGUGCGCGGCUCGUGCCUAAUCUCGCGCCUCAGCAGCCUGUUGUCUGUGUCCGUGGAGAAACGCACAAGUUUGCCGCGAGCUGGAGCCGGAGCUGGAGCCGGAGUUGGGGCUGCAGCUGGUCUGAGCGGCGCACCAGGGCCACACGCAGGGGGCCAGGAGGGGGACCGACGGAGCUGCCCCGGUGUUCCGCCGUUCUGUGGUUGGACGGGGCAUCCGGUGCAGCUGUGGAGCGCGGAUGAUGAAGACGGUGGUGAUGAUGAUGAUGAAUGGCCCGGCAGCUCGCGCAGGCACCGGGGUCUCGCCACCAUUAUGUUUACUGCUGUGCGCUCUUGUCUUUCUCCCGCCGUGCGCUCACUCUCACCCGCAGCCGUGCCAGGUGCUGAAACGGAUCGGCCAUACGGUUCGGGUCGGGGCUCUGCACGUUCAGCCACGCUUGCUCCCUGCCACCGCGGGCAGCGGGUUUGAGGACUGGGACACCGAUCGAGGUUCGACAGGGGGCGGGCAGCGGCGGAUGGAGUUGGAAAAGCAGGUUAAAACAAGUGCCGGUGCGCCUGGAUAUGGAAGCCUCAGGACUAGAGGCACCGUUAACAGCCAGCGGGGAGCCAGCAGGAGUAAGAGCCAGGCACGGCAGCGGGAGGAGAACAGCUCGAGGGAGAACCGCGUGUUCGCACCCCGAGACUCGGUCCUGCUCGCGGUCGAGGCUCUGAACCGGGCCGGAUUGUUGCCAUACAAUUUAUCCCUGGAGCUCGUCAUGGCGGUGGGGUCGGGACUCGGCGAGCUGCCCGCCUUUACCUCCUCCUCAGCGGGGAGUCCCGAGGGCGAAGACCCGCUGUCCUUCUUGGAGAGCGUGUGUCACACCGUGGUCGUGCAGGGGGUUUCCGCCAUGAUCGCCUUUCCUCGGAACCGGGACGAGUUUGUCAAGUUGGAGUUCGUCUCGCUUGCGCUUCAGGUGCCGGUAGUCAGCGUAGUGCAGAGGGAGUUUACGCGCCACAGUCAGAAUCCCCUCCAUUUCCAAAUGGCGAUGCGGACCGUGGAGGCCCCGCCAUCCCAUCUCCUCCACACACUCCUGAUGAUGAAUGGCUGGUGGGACAUCAGCAUUCUGCUCUGUCAGGAAUGGGACAUUAGCGACUUCCUCUUCCUAAUCAAGAACAACACCCGCUUCCACCUGGGUAAUCUUGUCAAUCUGACAACCACCGCCUCAACCUUUUCACCGUCUUCAUCUUCAUCAACGCACUCCGGAGUGGCAACAGGAGCAGAGGCGUCAUCGUCGUCGUCUUUGCCUUACUUCUCCCCCGCUGCCUCAUCCUUUGCUUCUUCCUCCACUUCCUCGUCUAAAUCAGACCAACAGCAGGCUCUCAUGCGGCAGCUGGAGGCCCUGAGAGAACCUUCGAACACGAGAGGAGUGGUGACAUUUGGGUGCGAGAUCCGCGAGGUGCGGCGUCUGUGGACACUGGCCAGUCGGAUGACGCUCCCUGACUUUCACUGGGUUUUGGGGGACAGCCAAAAUGUGGCCGAGCUGAGAACAGAAGGGUUGCCACUGGGGCUACUGGCACACGGGGUCAUGGGGUCCCCUUCUCUGGAUCACUACGUGCAUGACUCAGUGGAGCUGGUUGCGCGGGCAGUGGGCAGCGCAGCCCAGGAGAAUCCUGCCCUGGCACUCAUACCUGGAACUACUAACUGUAUGGAUGUACAACAGAGCAAUGGCAGCUCGGGGGAAUACCUGUCAAGAUUUCUAUCCAACACAUCAUUCGAGGGCCAGAGCGGUUUGAUAUCCAGAGACACACGCAGCCAGAAUGUCACCUCAGAGGCCCAUCACUACAUCUGGUCCCUCCAGCUGGAUCCUCUCGGCCAGCCAACCUGGACCCGCAUGGGACGCUGGCGAAGGGGGAAAGUUCUGAUGGACCAGCGGGCCUGGCCAAACCAUCAGGGGUCUGGGGGCGGAGGGGACUGGCGGCGAUCCACGCGGCUGCACAUGCGGGUGGUGACGCUGGUGGAGCACCCGUUUGUGUUCACCCGAGAGGUGGAUGGGGACGGGAUGUGUCCCGCGGGCCAGUUGUGCCUCGACCCGCUCACCAAUGAAACUUCAGUUUUGAAAGAAUUUUUCAAGAAUCUUUCAGGACGCAACGGAUCUGUUCCCACGGAACUGAAGAAGUGUUGUUAUGGGUACUGCAUAGACCUGCUGGAGAAGCUGGCAGAGGACAUGGGCUUUACUUUUGACCUCUAUAUCGUGGGCGAUGGGAAGUAUGGGGGGUUCAAGAAUGGUCGCUGGACGGGAUUGGUGGGUGAUCUGCUCAGUGGCGCUGCCCACCUGGCAGUGACGUCUUUUAGCAUUAAUUCGGCCAGAAGCCAAGUCAUUGACUUCACCUCGCCCUUCUUCUCCACCAGCCUGGGAAUCCUGGUUCGUACUCGCGACACAGCUGCACCCAUCGGUGCCUUCAUGUGGCCUCUCCACUGGUCCAUGUGGCUCGGCAUCUUCGUCUCCCUCCACGUCACUGCCAUCUUCCUCACCCUGUAUGAGUGGCACAGCCCGUUUGGUAUGACACCACGUGGACGCAACCGCGACCGCGUGUUCUCCUUCUCCUCAGCGCUCAACGUGUGUUACGCUAUUCUCUUUGGGAGGACGGUAGCCAUCAAGCCGCCAAAGUGCUGGACAGGCCGCCUGCUGAUGAACCUCUGGGCCAUCUUCUGUCUGUUCUGUCUGUCCACCUACACUGCUAACCUAGCUGCUGUCAUGGUCGGGGAGAAGACCUAUGAACAACUGUCAGGGAUUCAUGACCCAAAGUUGCACCAUCCCUCUCAGGGAUUCCGAUUCGCCACAGUGAGAGAAAGCAGCGCCGAGGACUACGUCAAGAAGAGUUUCCCUGAGAUGCACGAGUACAUGAGGAGAUACAAUGUCCCAGCAACACCAGAUGGCAUACAUCAACUCAAGGCUGACCCUCAGAGACUGGAUGCAUUCAUCAUGGACAAAGCUCUGCUGGACUACGAGGUCUCCAUAGAUGCAGACUGUAAAACACUAACAGUCGGGAAACCCUUUGCUAUAGAAGGCUAUGGCAUCGGCCUUCCUCAGAACUCUCCUCUCACCUCCAACAUCUCAGAGCUUGUUAGUCAGUACAAGUCAGAUGGCUUCAUGGACACGCUGCAUGACAAAUGGUACAAGGUUGUGCCCUGCGGGAAGCGCAGCUUCGCUGUGACUGAGACGCUGCAGAUGGGUAUAAAACAUUUCUCCGGUCUGUUUGUGAUGCUCUGCGUGGGCGUGGCCUUAUCUCUACUGACCACGAUAGCGGAACACAUUGUGUACAAGCUGGUGAUCCCCAGGGUCAAGGAGCCACGCUUCAAAUACUGGCUGCACACAAGCCAGAGAUUACACCGGGCCCUCAACUCAGUCUUCACUGAUGACAAACUGCCGACUGUUACCAAGCCUGAGAAGAGGUGCAAUGAGGGAAACAACCAGUCAACAUCUUGGAAUCCUGCAGAGUCCUCCCACUGCAACAGACGAAGGGUCCUUCCACAGGAGAUGCAGAAUGACCUGGAACGCCCAUCCUCCCAGGAUCUUCCUCCACCACCACCCCCAUCUCCCCUGCCCCAUCCCCAUUCUCUUCCCCUACUGGAGAAACACCUACCCAUAGUAACCAACUCUAAUGGUCGCUCUGACCUGUCAGGGCGGGGGUUGGGCCAAGGACUGGGGCCAGGACAGGGGGGCUCGGUGCAGGGCAUAACACCAGGAUCAUGUCGGGGAUUGGGUGUGGGCGACUGCGGCCCCGGGCUGGGCGUGGGCCGGAACCCGCUGGUUCAGGAACUGUCAGAACUGGAGGGUCAAAUCCUCGUAAUCAAGCAGCAGUUACAGUCAGCCAUGAGGAGGAAGCGAGAGCUAGAACAGUACCAAUCAGAAAACCAGCAAGCAAACCAGACUGCACCCAGUCAGCCCACUACGCACCAGUCUAACCAGUUUGCUCAGUAUACCCAGUCCCACCAGCAGACUAACCAACACACAAACAAGCUCCCGGAGUUCUGAAGCUUUUUUUCCUUUGUUCUUCCCGGAGAAACCUGGUUAGACAUGGGGCGAGUUUCCAAAACUUCUGGAAAAGGAUCCUUGUCUGAAUUUUGGAGUUGGAACCUUCACAGAAUUCUGGGAGCUCAAUCCUCCGUUCAGGCUCAGGAGGUCCCCCGAACGCCGGACUGAAACAUUCUCCAGGGAUCAGAUCCUGCUGUGUAACUCUAGCAGAACAUUUCCUGACCUCUGGAACAUGUGAUUCGCUCAGACAAGAGGCACUGGACAAAGGUGAACCAGAGACCCUGAACCAAAUCUGUUCUCACUAGCUUGUUGCUGUCACUGAAGAGCUGUGCAAACCUUCCUCUUCUUUACCUCCCUUUCCCCCCAUUUUCUUCACUCACUGAUCCCUUCAUUUUUUUUCUUCUAUUUCCAUUCCUACUCCUCUCUGCUCCAUCCUCUUGUCCGUCUCAUCUCUUCCCUCCAAGCCUUGUCUCUUCAAGGGUACAGAUUUGCUUGCCGUGAUGAUAAGCUUGAUCAUAGAUAUGAGGACUGGUAUUUAAGCUUAAUGGGCUAAUUCACCUGAGUCUUAUGUUGAGACUCACUGAGAGUGUACAUGACCUGGAGUUGAACCCACCCAGUUAAGUCUUUAUGGCUUCAUGCUGAAACCUUGUAUCUUUAAAGGGGAAAGAAAAGAAAUGCAGCUGCUGAUGAUUGGUUGAUUUCACCAUCGAUGACCUAAUGUUUCUGGACUUUGCUUGUGGAUUAGGUCAUGUUUUUCUCAUGCCCAUUUUCGAGGGUCGAUGGGACCAUUGUUACGAGUAAAGAAAAAAGAUAUAAAGCUUCAGCAAGACACCUCUAUAUUCAUUAAGAACAUCUGGUUGGCAUCUUGUGGUGAAUCAUAGGACAAAAUCUUACUUUAGGGAUCACUGUAUAAUGUUGUCCUGCACUUCACCGAUGCACUUCUAGUUUCUUAAAGAAAGCUGCACCUACAAGUCAUAGUUUAACUUGUCAGAGUUUGACUUAUGGUCUGGAUGUUUUUCGUCUUUAUAAUGGCUUCGGGGUUAUAAACACAGGAUGUGAGGAAGUAAUACAUUAAAUGGUAUUAAGUCCAAGAGUCUUCAGCCUUUUCAGUCAGGGACCCAAAAACAGGACCUUUCUACCCAGCCUCUUGAGAUCAUACCGGUGCUUUUGCAAUCUCUGGACACAACCAACACAGAACUACCACUCAGUUUUUUUUAGGUACAAACCCAUUGUUGGAUAGUAAAUGUAAACAUGAACAUAGACCACUAUAGUCGAACUCUGACAUCUUAUUUGGAUCUGAUGAUCAUUCACGACUGAACACACUGAAACAGUCCCUCUGUGAUGAGACCUGUU